CAUAUACUGACUGACCAAGCUCUAACUGCAAAGGCAAUGUCAGGUCUGGUGUGAGAAAAUAGAUCAAUUUUCUCACUAGUCGUUGAUACAUCCCUUUGUCUAUAGGUUUCUCCUUUUCUUUCUUCUUGUACUUCCCCUUGGGUUCCACUGGUGUUGCUGCUGGUUUACAUCCGAGCAUACUAGUCUCUUUGAGUAGAUCAAUAACAUACUUACGUUGAGAGACUAAAAUCCGUUUGGUUCUUGCAAGCUCCAUACCCAAAAAGUAUCUCAUCUGACCAAGAUCUUUUAUCUCAAGUUAUUGGGCGGUCUUUUAAGCUCCUCUAUUCCAUUAAAGUCAUUUCCAGUUAGAAUCAUAUCAUCAACAUGGGUAAUAAGAAUUACAACCUUACCAUCUUGUGAAUAUUUGAAAAAUAGAGUAUGAUUCGACUGACCUUGUUGGUACCCAUGCUUCUUGAUCACUUGAUUGAACCUCUCAAACCAUGCUUGUGGUGACAACUUCAAGCCAUAGAGAGAUUUCUUUAGGUGACAUGUUUCUUUUCCAUAUUUUCCUUCGAGGCCAGAAGGAAUCUUCAUAUAGACCUCUUCCUCUAAAAUUCUGUGUAGAAAGGUGUUCUUAAUAUCAAGUUGCUGCAAUGGCCAAUUAAGAUUAGCAACUAUUGAUAGGAGAAUUCUUAUUGUGUUUAGUUUUGCCACUAGUGCAAAUGUCUCUGUAUAGUCCACCCCGUAAGUUUGAGCAAACCCAUUUGCAACCAAUCUUGCCUUGUAUCUUUCUAUAGUACCAUCAGCUUUGUAUUUCAUUGUGACUACCCACUUGCAUCCUACCACAUGCUUGUCUUUUGACUUAGCAGCUAUUUUCCAUGUAGCAUUUUUUUUUCCAAUGCUCUUAUUUCCUCUUCCACCGCUUUCUUUCACUCAGGAUCGGACAAGGCUUCAUUAAUAUUCUUUGGAAUAAUUAUCUCAAUUUUGGUAGCAAAGGCUCUGAAUUUUGGUAUGAGUUUGCUGUAGCACACAUACUUAGAUAUAGGAUGUAAAGUACAAUUUCUCACUCCCUUUUUGCAAUGGGCAGAUUUGAUUCUAUCACACUCGAACUAGGGUUAGAAUCAAAUGAAAUUGGACUCAAAGAAUCACUUACAUUGAGAUUUGUCACUGGUUCAGACUCGUGGGAGACGAGAUCUGUAGCUGGCGGUAUUACUUGAUGUUUGUCUCGUCGUCUAAUAUAAAUCAACAACUCUUUUUCUGCAUUUAUUCGGCUUUUCUUUUCCAUUUCAAAAGUGUUUUGUUCAGAAUUUAGCAGAGUGGCAGAUUAGACUCAAUGGGUGGACUGAAUUGUUCAGAAUUUAGCACAGAGUUAGACUCAGUUGGCGGAUUAGACUCAAUGGGUGGACUGAAUUCAGGUCCUAUCAUUGGUAAACAUGUAUCCCAGCAGUGUAUCCCUAACAAUCCCUCCCUGAAGCAAAGUGUUGGGAUAAAAAGGUUGCUCUUCAAUGAAUGUGACAUCUGAUGAGACACUAAGGCGACGAGUAAGAGGGUUGUAACAUUUGUAGCCCUUUUUGGCAGAAGAAUACCCAAGGAAAAUACACUUUUGAGAAUGAGGAUCAAAUUUGGUAUGAUUAGGUCCUAAAACAUGAACAUAGGCUGUACAACCAAACGUUUUUAGUGGAAUAUCUGAGAGGUGAGUCUGAGGAUAAAUCUUAAGAAGAGAAGAAAUUGGAAUUUGAUAUUGUAAGAUACGAGAAGGCAUUCUAUUGAUUAAAUAAGUUGCUGUCAAAAAAACUUCUUCCAAAAAAUCUUAGAAACAAAAGCUGUAAAUAAGAGUGCCCUAGCAACUUCUAACAUAUGUCGAUUUUUCCCUUCAGCAAUCCCAUUUUGUUGGGGAGUACGAACACAUGAACUCUGAUGGACAAUGCCAUUAGAGAUAAGAUAAUCACCUAAAAUUGAAUUAAAAUAUUCAGUGUGCAGAACUUGGAGAUUAUCUUGAAGUUGAUUUUGAAUCAUUGAAUGAACUUUUUUAAGGUGGCAGCGGCAUUAAAUUUGCCCAAGUUAAACGAGUAUGAUCAUCUAUAAAGGAUAUAAACCAGCGAGUAUUAGAGAUAUUUGUAACGCGGGAUGGCCCCCACAUGUCACUAUGAAUGGGAGUGAAAGGAUGAGAUGCCUUAUGGGGGCGAGAACGAAAAACACUUCGAGUAUGUUUUGCAAAUUGACACACUUUACAUUUGAACAUGGUCAAGUGUUUGUUUUUAAGCAGACUAGGAAACAGAUGUUUCAGAUAAGGAAAACUAGGAUGUCCUAAUCGAUAAUGCCAUCUCAUAAUAUCAAUAUUAGAUGUAGUACAACCAGAAUGCAACCUUUUAUUACUUAGAGCAGAUGAAGGGUCAACAUCAAAGUAGUAUAGCCUGCUACAUCGAUGAUCCAUGGUGAAGUUUGAGCAAUAAACGCAACAGAAGUGUUUGGAGUGGAGAAAAAUCUUGGAGAGUGCAGAUCUGGUGCGGAAGUCGACUUGAGUAACCUAUGGAGUUGAGCAAUCUGAUAUGUGGUGAGAGGGAAUGUGUCACAUUGAGCACCCAUCAUAGCGUACCAAGUGGUGUUGGGAUCAGUUCGAGAAGUGACCAUGGUUGAUUUUCAAUGGUCUGAAUAAAAAAAACUGAACAAACCAAAAAAGGACAGCAAAGGCAAGAACACGCCGAGGUGAGGAGGAGAACCACAGAUGAAGGAAGCCGAACCAUUGGAGGCUGCACGCUCCGACGUGUGGCAGAGAGGGCAGCGGCUGGAGGCGGCGCGUGGGGCUCACGCGCCGCUCUAUUGGGCACCGAAUUUCGUGGUUGCGUCGAUCGGAGGCUGGGCAAACUCCCUGGGUUGGAGGUGAGAAUAGAAGACAACUCCAAAAUAGUUUUCUAAAAUUUGAAACUCAAGAGUACCAAACCCUAAUUUUUUUUAAGAAAGGACUGAGAAAAAAAUGAAAAAAAUCCUAAUUUUUUUUAGCUUCUAAAACUUUGAUACCAUGUAGAAAAAUAUACUCUUGAUUGUUAUUUUCAUUUUUAAAAAAAUAGCCUUUAAAAAUAUACUAUUGGGCACCGAAUUUCGUGGUUGCGCCGAUCGGAGGCUGGGCAAACUCCCUGGGUUGGAGGUGAGAAUAGAAGACAACUCCAAAAUAAUUUUCUAAAAUUUGAAACUCAAGAGUACCAAUCCCUAAUUUUUUUUAAGAAAGGACUGAGAAAAAAAUGAAAAAAAUCCUAAUUUUUUUUAGCUUCUAAAACUUUGAUACCAUGUAGAAAAAUAUACUCUUGAUUGUUAUUUUCAUUUUUAAAAAAAUAGCCUUUAAAUAAGCCGAGUACAAAAAGUAUAUUAUAGGCAUAAACUAAUUUACAUUAAUUAUAUCUUAGCUGUAAAACACUAACUAAUAAUUCAGAUUAUUUCUACAAACAUGUCCCGAUUAGGCAUCAGGGUGACUCCUGGUAGGAAAGACUUGUCGUGCAUACUAUGGAUGGAAUGAUUGUGGUAUAUUUUUUUUGUAUGCGUGAACUCCGGAGUGAUAUACCCCUCCCCCCUCAAAAUUGAAGCCGCUAAAGUAGUUUGAGGUUUUGAGCAAGGAUGAUCCUCCAUGCAAAACAUAUGUCUAUAAACUAGACGUUGCAGUCAGUGCACAGUGGAUAUCUUUAGUAGUUGGACCCUUUGAAGUUCUUCCUGAUCACCAAUUUUGUCUAAUAUCACAUAUGUGCUUACCUGUUCAUUUAUCAAAGCUUCGGGGUACUGUAGAUUUUUUCCAUAGUGCAUUCAGUUGUUAUAAGGACUAUUUAUCAGUAAACUUCCCAUUUGGGUCAUACAAGCAAGUUUUUAUAGAACCAGAGAUGGCUGUGUGCUCACUAGGCUUGGGAGCCUCCAUGAGCAUAUUUAGCUCUCAAAUAUUAUUUGAUGAGAAGAUCAUUGAUCAGACAAUAGACACUAGGAUUAAACUUGCUUAUGCCCUUGCACAACAGUGGUUUGGUGUUUAUAUCACUCCUGAGACACCAAAUGAUGAAUGGCUUCUGGAUGGUCUUGCUGGUUUUAUGACAGAUUUUUUUAUCAAGAGGUAUUUAGGAAAUAAUGAGGCACGUUUCAGGAGAUACAAGGCAAAUUGUGCUGUAUGCAAAGCAGACGAUAGUGGUGCUACAUCUUUGAGCUCCUCUGCUUCUUCUAAGGAUUUGUAUGGUACUCAAUCCAUUGGUCUGUACAAAAAAAUAAGAUCAUGGAAAUCUGUGGCAAUCCUUCAAAUGUUGGAAAAGCAAAUGGGACCCGAGUCCUUCCGAAAAGUACAGAUUUUUGCAGAUUUGUGUAUUCUGCAGACUAUAGUUUCUCGGGCUCAGGAUAAGACUCGUUCAAUGAGAUCUCUCAGUACAAAGGAGUUUCGGCAUUUUGCUAACAAGGUUGGAAAUCUUGAACGUCCAUUUCUCAAGGAAUUUUUUCCUCGUUGGGUGGAAUCAUGUGGGUCACCACUGUUAAGGAUGGGGUUCUCCUAUAACAAGCGAAAGAACAUGAUUGAAUUAGCCGUAUUACGUGGAUGCACAGCUGUUCCAAAUUCAAGUGCAUCUGUUGUUAAUGGUAGGCCAGAAUCUGAAAACCGAGAUGGUGAGGUUGGAUGGCCCGGGAUGAUGAGUAUCAGGGCUCACGAACUUGAUGGAACAUUUGACCAUCCAGUUCUGCCAAUGGCUGGAGAAACGUGGCAGCUAGUGGAAAUACAGUGUCAUUCAAAGCUUGCUGCUAGACGCUUUCAGAAGCCUAAAAAGGGUAUGAAACUUGAUGGAUCUGAUGACAAUGGGGAUGGUACUCUUCCUCUAGAUUUGCGCUCCAGUAUGGACUCACCCUUGUUAUGGAUGCGGGCAGAUCCAGAAUUGGAGUACCUUGCCGAAAUUCAUUUUAAUCAACCUAUACAGAUGUGGAUUAAUCAGUUAGAGAAGGACAGAGAUGUUAUUGCUCAGGCACAAGCAAUUGCAAUGCUAGAGACAUCACCACAGCUAUCAUUUAAUAUUGUUACUGCUCUCAAUAAUUUUCUCACUGACUCCAAGGCCUUUUGGAGAGUUCGAAUUGAGGCAGCAUUUGCAUUAGCUAACACAGCAUCCGAGGAAACUGAUUGGGCAGGUUUACUUCACUUGGUGAAAUUUUACAAGGGUCGGCGGUUUGAUGCAGAUAUUGGACUUCCCAAGCCAAAUGACUUCCACGAUUUUGCUGAAUACUUUGUUCUUGAGGCCAUUCCACAUGCAGUAGCUAUGGUCAGAGCAGCAGAUAGGAAAAGCCCAAGAGAGGCAGUUGAAUUUGUUUUACAGCUGUUGAAGUAUAAUGACAAUAAUGGAAAUCCUUACUCCGAUGUUUAUUGGCUUGCUGCAUUGAUUCAGUCAGUUGGUGAACUUGAAUUUGGACAACAGAGUAUUCUUUUUCUAUCAUCCCUUCUCAAGCGCAUUGAUCAGCUUUUGCAAUUUGACAGGCUGAUGCCAAGUUACAACGGGAUUUUGACAGUUAGCUGCAUUAGAACUUUAACUCAGAUUGCAUUGAAGCUUUCUGGUUCUGUCCCUCUCGACCGCAUUGUUGAUCUCCUGAAACCAUUUAGGGAUUCUAAGGCAAUCUGGCAGGUUCGCAUUGAAGCUAGUAGGGCUUUACUUGAUCUAGAGUUUCACUGUGGAGGCAUUGAUGCAGCUUUGUCUUUGUUUAUCAAAUAUUUAGAGGAAGAGCCGUCUUUGAGAGGGCAGGUGAAAUUGGGUGUGCAUGCUAUGAGAUUGUGUCAGAUAAGAGUUGGAUCUAAUUCUAAUGACAUAAGAAGCGAUACUCUUGUGAAUUUGCUCCAUCUACUUGAGGGACGAAUUGCAUUCAAUAAUAUCUUUCUUCGUCACCACCUGUUCUGCAUCUUACAAAUCCUUGGGGGAAGGCCACCAACACUUUAUGGUGUUCCAAGGGAUCAUAGACCAUUUCCUAUGGGUGAUGUAGAAGCCUGGCACGAGCAGAAAAAUAUGUUCGGUUCUUUUCUUCCAGAAAUUAAACUACCAUCUGAACCUCAGAACCUUCCACGCAACAAUUUUGUCUUGUCAGAAGCUUCUGAUGGGAUGUUUUCUGUCCCAGAAGCAUCUAAUAAUGGUUUGGCUGUUCUACAAGAUCCUGGUGAUGGCUUGGCUGUUCCAGAAGCUUUCACAGAAGGUUUGACUCUUCUAGAAGCUCCCAAGGAUGUUUCAUCUGUUUCAGAAGCUUUCAAGGAAGAUUUGGUUGGUCAGGAUGCUUUCAAGGAUGGUGGUCUGACUGUUUCAGAAGCUUUCAAAGAUGAUUUUUCUGUUCAGGAGGCUUCCAAGGACGAGUUGUCUGUUGUGGAAGCUCCCAAGGAUGAUUUGUCUGUCGUAGAAGCUUCAAAGGAUUUGUUGGCUGCUCCAGAGUCUUCCAAAGAUGGAUUAGCUGCUCCAGAGUCUUCCAAAGAUGGAUUGGCUGCUCCAGAACCUUCAAAGGAUGGUUUGGCUGUUUCAGAAGCUUCCAAGGAUGGUUUGGCAAUUCCUGAGCUUUCUAAGGAAGCUGAUACGAUUUCUACCAGUCAUGGACGGAAGAUGCCAGUUGUCAAAAUUAGAAUGAAAAGAUCUACUGCUACAAGUAGAGCUACAGAGGUUGAUAAUCUUACUCUUGAAAGAUCCCAGGGCGGACAUUACGAAAUUGAUCGCGGGGCCAGUAGUUCAAUGUCUGUUGAUGCACCCCACCGAACUUUUGCAGAAGCUGUGAGUAUUAGCACUCAAAAUCUUGAAGAAGUCAACUCAUGCCAUGAUCUUGGGUCCCGGAUGACUGCUAGUAUAGGCAGUGCGAAACUUGUAAGUGAUGGUGAUGAUGUGGGCAAGGAACUCCAAUGCACUGCUGAUUCAAGCAAGGUUUCCGUGCUAGGUCAACCAGAUGAUCCAUCAUCAUCUAGCUUCAUCCAGGACAAUAACGUAGAUGCCGGUGCGCAAAAGUUUGCAAGUCUUCAAGCUCUGUCAGAUUCAAGGCAUGGCCAUGGAAAAGAAAAGGAGAAAAAGAAGAAGAAAGACAGAGACAAGAAACGGAAGCGGGAAGACCAUAAAGGGCACAAGGACGAUCCUGAGUACUUGGAAAAGAAGCGCCUGAAGAAGGAGAAGAAGAGGAAGGAAAAGGAGAUGGCAAAGCUGUUAAAUGAGGUCAAGACCUCUUCUUUGCAUGAGCAAGCCAAGGUAUCUUCUGUAGUGGAACGGACAAACAAGAAAGAGGAACUUAAGAUCAAAUCAUCAACUGUUGAAGCAAAACCAAUUGUAUCUAGUGGAUCCAAAUUAGUGAUCCCAGCAGCAGCAAGGGUUGAGACUAAGCCUGAGGCCUCAACACAAGGCACCACUUCUGUUGCUCCCAAAAUUCGAAUAAAAAUAAAAAGUAAAACACUGACCAAAUCAUAGUGCAUGCUUCCCUGUAAUACCAAAAAGUGGCCAGAUCCCGAAUUUCCCUUGAUUUUUUCGGUUCAUCUCCGGCAUAGUUUAGUAGCUGACCUUGGAAUGUAUUUCGUAAACUGUUUAUUGGUUAGACAAUCGGAGUAUUUGAGAUCCAUACCUUGUUUUAUGAUCUUUGAUUUUUAUGAAUGUAUGUAGCUUUCUGACUUCUGUGUAUGAAAUACAAAAUUGGGAAACAUAUCCAUUUUGCUCAAGUCAAGUUUGUCUAAUGAUUUAGCUUCUAGGACAUUGCUAAAGCAAAUAUGGUUGACGAA